GCGUGAUUGCUCACUCACUCACUCUCCAUAGUUUCUCUCUUAUUGGGCCUUAUGGGCCUCCGCCAAUCACAAUAAAUUUAUAUACUACAUUUGUUCGAGUGUGAUAAGAUUCGUUUGACCCUCUUUUUAAUAAAUAAAAAUUAAGAAAUUGUUAGUAUUCUUAUUAAUUUAUUUAGAUCAACAUAAUAGUUACCAAUCAUUCUUAAAAUUUACAAUUGUAUAACCUUUCAAAUUUAUAAAAUUAUAAAUAAGUGUAGUUUUCAAAAAUAAUAAUAAAUACUGUAAUUUUCAAAAUAUAAGCUUAUUUGAUGGAUGGUAUUUUUCAAAAUUUUCCCUCUUUUAUACUAAAGAUGACUAUAUAUUUUGAUUGAUUCUGAGUGAAAAAAAAUUACAAUAAUUUGCUUGAUUAAACCUACUUAAUCUCAAUAAUAAAAACCAAGAUUAUUCAUUGCUUUAAUUUUUCUUUCAGGUUUGUAUUUGGGUAAACCAAUAAUAUAGUGAAGGUGAAUAAUCGGGAUAACGGGAUAAAUCAUUUAAUUCCAUCACUCGAACUGAAAGCUGGUACGAGUAAAUGAAUUUCGUUUACUCGAACCGGUCUGUCUGAUGGGUUCGUUGCUGUUUUUAAGACCAUCUCCAAUGUAUUUCUCUAUUUUUACCUCUAAAAUAGAAGAAUUCUAUAAUAGAGAUGGGUUUUACUCCAAUGUAUUUCUCUAAAAUAGAGAUCUCUAUAUAUAGAGCAAAAUAUAGAGGAAUGCUAUUUCUUCCCCUAUAAAUAGAGGAAAAAAUAGCAAUCUCUAUUUUAGAGGCAAAAAUAGAGAUGGGUUGGAGUGAUUUUGCCUCUAAAUGCUAUUAUAGAGGUAGAAAUAAAGGUGGGUUGGAGAUGCUCUAAGAAGAAAAAAAGGGAAUGCUGUAAGUUAAUUAAUUGUUAAUUACAGAUUAGUAGCGGGUUUAACUUAAAAAAAGGAAAUAGUGAAAAAUCAUUUAUUUACCAACCGACCGAUGGAUAGUCUAUAAAUACCAGAGAGAAAGAGAGUGUUUGUUUGUCUUACGCGCUUACACAACAGAAACUCUCUCUAUCGAUUUUUGUAUCAGUUAGGGUUUGGUUUGUUGGUGUAAGAAAGAAUGGUGAAAGGAGGUACGAAGAGGAAGCCUGAGAUGAAGAAGAUCACUAACAAAGCUUCGCGCGCUACAACCUUUUCGAAACGCAGAGACGGUCUCUACAGCAAAGCGGCUCAGCUUUGUGUUCUCUCCGACGCUCAAAUCGCAAUCUUAGCGACACCCUCUUCUUCUUCGAACUCCAACGCUUCUUUCUUCUCGUUUGGUCACUCCUCCGUUGAGUCCGUCGUCUCGGCUUAUCUCUCAGGACAGAGACUUCCUCCUGUUUCAUGGCGUGAUACGAGAGAAGACCUCGGUAUAUGUAUGGCUCGCAAGGAUCUAGGGUUAGGGUUUUGGUGGGACGACGACAAGCUUGUCAACUCGAAGAAUCCGGAGGAACUUAUGGAAGCGAUGGAGUCUAUGAAAGUACUCAUGAGCCAUCUCAAGGGUUUGGAGGAUCAAACGCUAACAACCGUCGACGAGGAGAUUUCACCUGACUUGGAUGAAUGGAGUGAGAUGGAACUUACUCAACUCCUCCAAGAUUGUGAUGAUGAUGUACCACCACCACCUCUUGUUAGCAACACUGACAACAAAGAAGAAGAGGAUCAGACUGUAUCUGAAAAAAACAACAACUAUGUAUCAUCAUUACCUGAAAAAAGUUUGGAAGAAGUGACGAUGGAUCUUGAUUUUGAUACUAUUUUUGAAGGUUUGGUACCCUAUGAUGAAGCGGAUCUCUUCUGGUCUGAUGACUUAUUGUUCACGUAAUUUUGAGGAGACUACGUUCAGUUUUCUCAGAUUAGAGAAAAUUAAUCGAACUCCUACCGGUUUGGUUUGUGUCUCCAUGUCUUAAUCAAGUGUAAUAAAAUGUUUAACAAGUAAAAUUUGAGUUUUUUGUACUUCUUCUCUUGUUAUGUUUUUGGUAAUUUGUUCUCACAUAUAUUCUUUGCAAACGUUUUGUUCUGGCAAUGAUCUCUGCUCGCUCGCAUCUUCAAUAAGACUUUUUAUAAACAAUACAUACAUUAGGGGGCCUUCAUUAUAAAUCAGCAGUUACUUUAAAGGGCUUUAAAGUAUAUUGUGUAUACAUGUCACAGUAACAUCUUUUGUUGUCUCAAAAACACUUGGUCAACAUCUAUAAAUAAACUAUUUUUAUUAUAUUGAUAUCAUUGUUACAAA